GGCUAAUUAAAUUAAAGGCUUUAUGCAAUCUGUUCCAUUUAGUUUCAUGAAAGGUCAGCACGUAAGAACCACAAUGAGUUCAACAAAAAUGGUAAAAAUUCUUGUUUUGUUUCUUACAUUCCAACAGUGUGCGUGCCAUUUAUUGAAAGUAACUGAUCGAGUCUAUUUCGAUAUAGAAUCUGAUGGUAAAUAUCUUGGUAGAAUUGUGAUUGGACUCUUUGGAGAGAUUGUACCAAACACUGUUUUAAACUUUAAGCAGAUUGCAACAAACGGAAUCGGUGGCAAAACAUACGAAGGUACAAAGUUUCACACCGUUAUUGAAAGAUUUAUGAUUCAAGGUGGUGAUGUGAUUUACAAUAAUGGUUCGGGUUCGAUUAGCAUUUACGGAAAGUUUUUUAAAGAUGAAAAUUUCACAGUGAAACACAAUGGGCCAGGCAUUGUUAGUAUGGCAAAUGGUGGACCCAACACUAACGGAUGUCAAUUUUUCAUAACAACAAUGUUUGCUCCUUGGUUGGAUGGAAUACAUGUUGCAUUUGGAAAGGUGCUGACUGGUCAGGACGUUGUUCACAAAAUAGAACAUUUGAAAACUGAUUCUAAUAAUCAUCCUUUACUUGAUGUGACUAUAAUUCGAUCAGGACUACUUAAAACUAAGCCUUUUUAUGAAUCGGAUGAACCAUAUGAAUUAACAUUUUGGGCAUGGAUUAAAGCUGGAUGGUUCCCAUUAUCUUUUUCAUUCGCAAUCAUUGGAUUUUUUCAUUGGUUUAUGAUUCAAUUGAAGUAAAUUGUACAUAAGAUUAUGUAAACAUUUUUGUUUUAUUUUUUUUUAUAAAUAAUAUCUGGUUUUUCAAUAAAUCUGAUUAAUUAAAUAAUAGUUUGGAAUAAUA